AUGCAGCUAUUCUCACUCCUGGCCGUCGCCGUGACGGUCGGCGCCUCUACUUUGACGCCUCCCGUUCUUCCGCUGAUUGUUCGCAACCCGUACCUCAGCACUUGGUUGGGCAACGCCCGCGAUGCGCCUUGGGAACAUUGGCCCAUGUUCUGGACCGGGAGCAGCGGGUCUUCGGCGCCGGUCAAAAUCGUCCUUUCGUUUCUGUCCCCAAUCACGCCCACGUCAACCUUCCGCCAAUCCGUACCUGCUGCGUAUCUGACAAUCCAUGCCGAGGGGUCCUUCGAUAUCAACAUCUACACGGAUUUGAAUGGCGAGUGGGUGAGCGGCAACCGGGACAACAAGAUUGUCUGGGACCUCCUCAAGCCCCAGGGCGCCAAGCAGCAAGGUGCGGUCCUGAAGACCUGGCAGGUCUCAAGGCAAACACAACAACUUCUUACCGAGUUCGCCGACCACGCAGAAUGGGGAACGCUGCAUUUCACUGGCCCCGCCGACGUCUACCACCAAUCAGGGACGUCUGGAAUCCUGCGACAGCACUUUGCGACCAAAGGCAAUUUGAAGAACGAGGUAGAUACUUUGUACCGGAAGAUCAUGGACGAGGAGCCGGUGUUUGCCUUUGCCAAGCCAUUCCACCUGAGUAACAACACGCGGGCCGGUCUUUCAUCGACAGACAGCGUGUUGUUCACUUUCGCCCUUGUUCAAGAUCCAGUUGUCCAGUUUGCAGCCGCCAGAGGGUUGACGCAGAUGAGGCCUCUGUGGUCUUUCUACUUUGCAACCUCACCCGAGCUGAUCCAAUACCACUAUGAUGACUUUGCCGUCGCCAACCUACUGGCAAGAAACUAUUCGGACCAGCUGGCCGUUGACGCUUUUGCCUCCGGCUCCCAGGACUACCAAGACAUUGCUGCGCUGUCUGCCCGCCAAGUCCUCGGUGCAACCCAGUUCUCAGGAACUCCUGAUGACCCCAUCCUGUUCCUAAAGGAAAUAUCUUCAAACGGGAACUUCCAGACUGUAGACGUCAUCUUCCCAGCAUUCCCAUUCUUCCUGUACACGAAUCCUCGCUGGCUUGCUUACCUUCUCGAACCUCUUUUGGAACAUCAACUGAGCGGCCAAUACCCGAAUGACUACAGUAUGCAUGAUUUGGGUUCCCAUUUCCCCAAUGCUACUGGACACCCCGAUGGCAAAGAUGAGUACAUGCCCGUGGAGGAGUGCGGAAACAUGCUCAUCAUGGGUUUGGCCCUUGUCAACGCCUUCAAGUACGACACGCAGCCGGCGUUCAUCCAGUCCGUUGAUAGUCUUGCUGGUCCACUAACGUUGUUGGACCCCAAGAACUCCGGCGGGCGACCUUUGGCGCUGUCUCCCGAUGUCUAUGGCAUGGAUCGUUCAUCAGCUGUCACUGCCUUCAGAGGAGCCAAGGAGGCUGAAAAGUGGGUGUCCAGGUCUUACGAACUUUGGACCAAGUGGACGGGAUAUCUCGUUCGCGAGUCGCUCAUCCCAGCCAACCAGCUCUGCACUGAUGAUUUUGCCGGCUGGCUUGCCAAUCAAACAAACCUCGCCUUGAAAGGCAUCAUUGGGAUCAAGGCCAUGGCUGAGAUCGCCGACGUCUUGGGGAAGACGGAUGACUCCAAGUACUACUCGGACAUCGCCAGCGACUACAUUGAACAAUGGCAAGGCUUCGGAAUCUCAAGAGACGGCUCCCACGCCAAGCUGGCGUACACGUGGUACGGCUCUUGGACGACCAUCUACAACCUCUACGCAGACUCUCUGCUUUGCUUCCACUUGCCAGAACGAAAGGCGGCAUUACGGGGUGGACGUAUCGCAGAGUGGUUGCAAAGGACCUUGGGUAUGGGCUCUCAGACGUCUUUCAUCCCGGACAAGGUCUACAGCAUGCAGAGCAACUGGUACCAUGCGGUUCUGCAGCAUUACGGCCUUCCGCUGGACAGCCGUCAUCUGUAUACGAAGAGCGACUGGCAAUUCUUCGCCGCGGCCGUCACAAGCAAGAAAACUCGCACUGAGAUACUUCAGAGUAUCGCAGGAUGGGUCAACGAGACGACAACUGGUAAGAGGGCAGUAUUUGAUGACCGAGCCUGA